AUGGCAGUCACCACUACACUAGAAGAGACGUAUGUCUUGUUGGACAAACUCGACCUUCUGCUUCAAAGACUGUUUCCAGGUCGGUAUUCGGUCAAGAUUUCCGGUGGUUACGUCGAGAUAACGGCCCCACGAGCGCUAUACGAGGACGAGAAAGAUUCUGUUCAGGACAGAGAAUAA